AUGGCAGGACCGAAACUGCAACUAGACAUUGCUGCGAUAAUUUUACGCUGGUGUCUGUUCCUUUACGUGUGCAUGGCAGACAUCGCGAAAAUGUUCCAGCAAAUACUCGUGCAUCCAGACGACGUAGAUUUUCAACGCAUCCUUUGGCGCCCUCCCGAAAGUCUGCUGAUUCGUCUUUAUCGCCUACUCACCGUGACCUACGGCCAAAAACCCUCUCCGUUUCUCGCACAGCGCUCCCUUCUGCAAUUAGCUCGCGACGAAGGUAAAGAUUUUCCCGAAGCGGUUUCGAUAAUCGAAGAAUCGACCUAUGUCGAUGAUAUUAUUUUUGGAGCAGACUACCUUCCGUCUCUGCUCGACAAACGCAAGCAACUCGUCGGUUUAAUGAAUCGCGGAUGUUUUCCUCUCCGAAAAUGGGCCGCGAAUUCAGCCGAACUUUUGAUGGAUAUCCCGGAGGAUCAACGCGGAUCCUCGGAUUAUCCCAUCAAUCGCGAUGACACGCUCAAAGUUCUCGGACUUUCUUGGUCUCCGCGUGAUGACUCGUUUCGUUUUGUGAUUUCGCCGUACGCCGUGACCGCUCAUACCAAGCGUUCCGUUCUAUCAUUUAUCGCGAAGCUGUAUGACCCUCUCGGCUGGGCGUCACCGAUCGUCAUCGCGGCCAAGAUGUUAAUGCAAGAGCUCUGGCUCCGUAAAAUUGAUUGGGACUCGCCAGUCCCCGACGAUCUUCUGCCGCAGUGGAUCAACUAUUUUUCAGAUUUGCCUAACAUUAGUGAAAUCUGCAUUCCCCGAUGGACAGGGAUGCGUCAAGAUAAACUCGCAGUCGAAUUACACGGAUUCGCGGACGCGUCCAUUGGAGCCUACGCCGCCGUGAACCUCAUCGCGGCCAAAACGAAGGUCGCGCCAUUAAAAACCGUCAGCGUUCCACGACUUGAACUCAACGCCGUCGUUCUACUGACUCGUCUGCUCGAGUGGGUACGAGAUUCUACGCGCUUAAAUCGAGCUCCCUUAUUUGGAUGGACCGAAUCUCAAAUCGCGUUGGCAUGGAUUCAGCAGCAUCCAUCCAAAUGGAACGCUUACGUCGCGAAUCGCGUUUCCGAGGUGCAGACGCGCCUUCCCUCAGUCCGUUGGCAGCACGUUCGUUCUCACGACAAUCCUGCCGACUGCGCUUCUCGCGGUUCUACCGCCUCCGAUCUCGUUCACCACCAAUUAUGGUGGUCCGGCCCUCCGUGGCUCAAAAAUUCGCCGGCCUCAUGGCCGAUUCUCCCGAUGCCUGAUGCAGUUGACAUUCUGCAAACGGUAUCGUCAGAAGCUCGUAAAGCUACCGUGCAUCUCGUCGAUCCAACUCCGGAGGGGGAUCUGUUCACCUCCUACUCGAGCUGGAUCCGACUUCUUCGUGUUACGGCAUACGUUCGUCGAUACGUUCAAAACUUAAAAAAUAAAGCCGCCUCGUUAGCAAUCGUUACGACGCCCCUGACCGCGUCUGAAAUUCACGACGCUGCAGUCUUUUGUCUUCGAUCGGUUCAAGCGACUUGUUUUCCUAACGAAUGGACGGCGCUGAAUGCUCAUAACGCCGUAUCACGUACGAGCUCUUUACGCUCUCUUAAUCCCUUUAUCGGGAAAGAUCAAUUAAUCCGGCUGGGCGGGCGGCUCGCAAACUCUGCUUUGCGCUACAAUGAGCGACACCCAGUCAUUCUUCCCAGACAUCAUAUUUCUGAGCUUCUGAUCGAUCAACAGUGUUGCCAGGUGCCUGAAAAAUUGGACAGUAGAUGGCACGCCAAAAAGCGGUAG